GACGCCCCCUCCUGCGGCGCGGACUCUGUCGGUGGUCCCCGAGGAGGAGGAGGAAUAUGGCAUCGAAGGCGGCCUCCUCCUGCCGUCUGGUCUUCUGCCUCUUGAUCUCCGCUGCUGUCCUUCGGCCAGGUCUUGGAUGGUAUACUGUAAACUCAGCAUAUGGAGAUACCAUUGUCAUGCCUUGCCGACUCAGUGUACCUCAGAAUCUCAUGUUUGGCAAAUGGAAAUAUGAAAAGCCUGAUGGCUCCCCAGUAUUUAUUGCCUUCAGGUCCUCUACAAAGAAAAGUGUGCAGUACGACGAUGUACCAGAAUACAAAGACAGACUGAACCUCUCAGAAAAUUACACUCUCUCUAUCAGUAAUGCAAAGAUCAGUGAUGAAAAGAGAUUUGUGUGCAUGCUCGUAACUGAGGACAACGUGUUUGAGGCACCUACAGUAGUCAAGGUGUUCAAGCAACCAUCUAAACCCGAAAUUGUAAGCAAAGCCCCGUUUCUUGAAACAGAGCAGCUUAAAAAGUUGGGUGAGUGCAUUUCAAAAGACAGUUAUCCGGAUGGCAACAUCACGUGGUACAGGAAUGGAAAAGUUCUGCAACCCCUUGAAGGAGCGGUGGUCAUAAUUUUUAAAAAGCAAAUGGACCCAGUGACUCAGCUCUAUAUCAUGACUUCAUCCCUGGAGUACAAGACAACCAAGGCUGACAUUCAAAUGCCAUUCACCUGCUCUGUGACAUAUUAUGGACCAUCCGGCCAGAAAACAGUUUACUCUGAACAAGCAGUCUUUGAUAUUUACUAUCCUACAGAGCAGGUGACAAUACAAGUGCUGCCAUCAAAAAAUGCCAUCAAAGAAGGGGACAACAUCACUCUUAAAUGCUUGGGAAAUGGUAACCCUCCUCCUGAGGAGUUUUUGUUUUACUUACCAGGACAGCCUGAAGGAAUACGAAGUUCAAAUACUUACACAUUGGCAGAUGUGAGGCGCAAUGCAACAGGAGACUAUAAAUGCUCCCUGAUAGACAAAAAAAGCAUGAUUGCUUCAACAGCCAUCACAGUUCACUAUUUGGAUUUGUCCUUAAACCCAAGUGGGGAAGUGACCAAGCAGAUUGGCGAUGCUCUGCCUGUGUCAUGCACAAUAUCUGCUAGUAGGAACGCAACUGUGGUAUGGAUGAAAGAUAACAUCAGGCUUCGAUCUAGCCCAUCAUUUUCUAGUCUCCAUUAUCAAGAUGCUGGAAACUAUGUCUGUGAGACUGCUCUGCAAGAGGUUGAAGGACUAAAGAAAAGAGAGUCAUUGACUCUGAUUGUAGAAGGAAAACCUCAGAUCAAAAUGACAAAGAAAACUGAUCCCAGUGGACUGUCUAAAACAAUAAUUUGCCACGUGGAAGGUUUUCCGAAGCCAGCUAUACAGUGGACAAUUACUGGCAGCGGAAGCGUCAUAAACCAAACAGAGGAAUCUCCUUAUAUCAAUGGCAGGUAUUAUAGUAAAAUUAUCAUUUCCCCUGAAGAGAAUGUUACAUUAACUUGCACAGCAGAAAACCAGCUGGAGAGAACAGUAAACUCCUUGAAUGUCUCUGCUAUAAGUAUUCCAGAACACGAUGAGGCAGACGAGAUAAGUGAUGAAAACAAAGAAAAGGUGAAUGACCAGGCAAAACUAAUUGUGGGAAUCGUUGUUGGUCUCCUCCUCGCUGCCCUAGUUGCUGGUGUCGUCUAUUGGCUGUACAUGAAGAAAUCAAAGACUGCAUCAAAACAUGUAAACAAGGAUCUUGGUAAUCUGGAAGAAAACAAAAAGUUAGAAGAAAACAAUCACAAAACAGAAGCCUAAGAGAGAAACUGUUUCACUUGUUGUCCAG